AUUUUGUUUAGGGUGUCCUACACUUUCUAAUUUUCUUCUUAACCUUUCCAUAACCUCAGAAUAGUUCUUUGGUAGGUAGGAAAGUCUUCUAGAAAAGUGCUGCGUGCGUGGGCAAAUUAAAAGUAAGUUGUUUCCAGGUAGUUUUCCCAACAUUUACGAGUUGGAAACAAACUUUAUGAUACUUUCUUUCCAUCUUGUUUGUAUUCCGAUGGGAAAAGAAGAAUAUUUCUUUCCAUCUUGUAUAGCUUCCAUUGGGAGAAGUUACCAGGAAACAAGUUUCUUGGAAGGCAAUUAACUUAUAUAGUGAGGAGUACGUAUUUUCUUGAUAGGCUAACAUCAUUUCAAUCAGACAAGGUUGAUGUGCAAGAUCUUUCUAUGUGACUCGUAUAGGGGAGAAACCAGAACCAGCCAAACUGUUGUCUCCUUGUUAUUACAAACAAUGGAUGCUUUUAUGUUCUUCACUCUCUUCUCCUCCAUGUUUCUAACCAUAAAUGCUUUUGAAUCCAAAUGUCCAAUGGUUAAGUGCAGUCGCGGCGGUCCUGAUAUCCGUUUCCCAUUCCGAGCAUUAGGCCAACAACCCCAGCACUGUGGUAAUCCUGGUUUCGAACUUGUUUGCAGAGAUAACACCACCAUGAUUCAUUUCCCAACUUAUGGACCAUUGGUUGUGAAAUCCAUCUCUUAUGAUAUCAGAAAACUCAGUCUUCUUGACCCCAAAAGUUGUGUCCAUGAAGUCUUUCUUAAUCUUAACCUCUCUGGUACACCUUUCCAGUAUUACUAUCUUUUGAAGAACUUUAUAUACCUCAACUGCUCAGCCAGGCUUUCGCCUUCUUUCGAUGAAGUUUCAUGCUUGAGUGGUUCCAGACAUCAUGUUUACACAGUUGAAUCUUCGUUGCCCAUUCCAGUUUCUUGCAGACCAUUGAAAGCUAUUCCCAUUCCAUUUGCAUACAGUCCUUAUCUUGCUGAUAAUAGUUUUGGCCUUGGAUUAACUUGGAGUUUGCCUGGGCGCAAAGAUUUUGAAGAACAAGGAGGCUCAUGUGUGUUCCAGUCCAAAGCAGGACCUAAAUCAGGCUGUCCCAACAUAACACUGGAUAAAGGUUUUUCAAUUGUGCAUGUAUUGUCAGGUGAAGCUGUGUCUAUGAUCUUGAACAUUCUGCUAUGUAUUUUUGCGGUGACAACAAUGAUGAUAAGCAUAAAAAUCUGUAACUCGAAGAAGGUUGAUGAACAGACUGAAAAUGAGAAUCUUCUGGAGGAAGUAUCCAACUGAAUGAUCUGCUCCCCUACAUACUCGAGACAACUUCUAAAGAUUGAGAUUUCAGAAGGUUAUUAUUAACAGUGGUGGAGCUCUGUUGUUACGUCUUCUAGGAGAACAGGCUUACCAUGAUAUGCUUGUAAAAUGAAAACACUAGCCAUCACUAGGCAAGCAGAUUCUGUACUAUCAAGUCCUGAAUCUUGUUAGAAAUAGUCUACAGUGGAAUAUUGUAGUGGAAACCAGAAGGAAAAGACUAGGAUAAUAUUUUUUUUCUCUUAAAAUAUGAUGCUUAAGAAUUCUAUUUUUUUUUCACUUGCAUUAGUUGUUUCGUUUUGUAAGAUUUAUGAUAUGGAAAAGAUAAAAUAUUAUGAAAUCCAAAUCACAGUGUCCUUUCAAAAUAGCCA